AUGAAUGCUGAUACUUGUGUUUCUUAUUGUGAUCCGGCUGCCAUGGAUUCCUACUACAACGCAGCCUCCCAGGGCGCAGACGGCUCCUCGCCUUUUAGGGCAUUUCAAGCGAGUGACAAGUUCGGCCCCGCUUUCCUGGCUGCCAAAGGACAGAGCUUCGGUGACAGCGGCGCGAAGUGCCGGAGCCGCUACAGCCCGCAGGAAUGCCCGUCCCUGGACGGCAGCGGGCAGGCGCCGGGUCCCGCCGCGCCCCCGCCCGCCUUUAGCAAAUACCCGCAGCCCCAGCAGCAGCCGCCGCACCUCUACCUGCAGCGCGGCCCCUGCAAGACCCCCCCGGAGAGCAACCUCAAGCUGCAGGAGAGCGGCGGCCACAACGGAGCCCUGCAGGUCUCCUGCUACGGUAAGGAGAGCAGCUUGGGAGAGGCUGACUUGCAGCCCAACGCCGACCCCUCGGGCAUGGACAGCAGCUACCUCAGUGUGAAGGAGGCUGGAGUGAAAGUUCCUCAGGACAGGGCCAGCACGGACCUCCCCAGCCCCAUGGACAAGGCGGACUCGGAGAGCAACAAGGGCAAAAAACGGAGGAACCGUACCACCUUCACCAGCUACCAGCUGGAGGAGCUGGAAAAGGUCUUCCAGAAGACCCACUACCCAGAUGUCUAUGCUAGGGAGCAGCUAGCCAUGAGGACAGACCUCACUGAGGCCCGAGUACAGGUCUGGUUCCAGAACCGACGAGCCAAAUGGCGCAAGCGGGAGCGGUUUGGCCAGAUGCAGCAAGUCCGGACCCACUUCUCCACUGCCUAUGAGCUGCCGCUGCUCACCCGUGCUGAGAACUACGCCCAGAUCCAGAACCCCUCCUGGAUCGGCAACAACGGAGCCGCUUCCCCUGUGCCCGCCUGCGUCGUCCCCUGCGAGCCGGUGCCCUCCUGCAUGUCCCCCCACGCGCAUCCCCACGCGGCUGGCGGUGUCUCCGACUUCCUCGGCGUCUCCAGCGCCGGCGGCCACGUGGGCCAGACUCACGUGGGCGGCCUCUUUGGCACGGCCGGUAUCGGCCCCGGCCUCAACGGCUACGAGCUGAACAGCGAGCCGGACCGCAAGAGCUCAAGCAUCGCGGCCCUGCGGAUGAAGGCGAAGGAGCACAGCGCCGCGAUCUCCUGGGCGACAUGACAGGGCUGCGGCCCAGCGCCUCGGCACGCCGCGAGAGCCAGCGGGGAAGCCGGGAGACCCUCCCGCCAGGACUCCAGCCAGCCCUUGCCUCCUCGGGGAUGUGGAAGCAGCACUUUGAGCUACCCUAGGUGUAUAGAGGACGUGUGUUAACAUAAGUGGCGUGUGCCCAGCAUGGACAGGGGGAGGUCCCAGCCUCCCGGCACCAGGUCAGGACUGUGGGGCAGCGCCGCUGCUGCCCGCUCUGGAGGUGUCCUCUGCCAUCGCCACUGCCUCCCCUGGGACCUGGAUGCCUUUUCUCCCCGCUCCUUUUUCUGACACCAGAUCUGCCUUUCUGGAGAGCAAGAGCCCGCCGGCAUCUCCAGCAGCUCCCCCAUCCCAACAUGCAUACAGCUCUUCCCUCCUCAGAACCCAUCUGCCCUGUGCAGGGGACAGGACGGGGACUCUGGCACCAGCGAAGAGACACUCUUCAGGCUGCUCCUGCCUCAUGGGAGACAUGACUGAAUGGGGUGAAGGGAUGCCCAAGGCCAGAAACGAGGCAACGCCAUCCCACCUCCUUGCACCCCCCUUCCUCCAAGCAGGAGGUGAAGCACGGAGCUUAGGGGCCUCUUGUGCGGGCACAGCGCUGCCACACUGCUGUCUUUGAUGGCUCUUCAGCCAUCCAGCUCGAGUUGUGCUCAUGAAGUGAUGGCUGCCUGGCCCCGCCAGCACCUUGCAGAAGGUCACACUCCAUGAGCACUUGCAGUUUCCUCUGUUAUAGUUGUGGCUGCUGAGUGGUAGCAAAACAUGUUCCCUGGCUUUUACAGGGCCAGGAGUCACUGUCCUCUGCUCGCAGGUCCCACAAGAGCCCCCAGAGAGAAAUAGCUUGAGCGGAGCAUGCAGCCAGGGCUAAGUGAGAGCAUCCUCACCUUGUCCCUGGCCAGCCCCAUGCAGCAAGAUCUCUUCCCAUCACCCCUCCAUCUCGGCUCCCCAAAACCAUCUGCCAGCACCUACCCAAACCUCCCCGUGGGGAAGGGGAGGGUCUGGGGCUGGGGCUAGUGGCACUGCCUCAUCCCUGGACACCCCAGUCCCCCCUCACCUAGCAGAGUGAAGGAAACACCAGAGCUUGCUUUCUCUCCCAAAGUCCCACCCAUGGUUUUCUCUCCACGUGCUCCCACUCGCACGACUCUGUUAAGUAUGGUCUCCUUUGCAAGGAAAAACCUCUCUCAAUCUGUUCAAUGGUCUCAUAGCACCAGAAAUAAUUUCAGAGUUUCCUUCUGCCCCACUGAAGGUCACCAGCACCCAUAGCACAGGGUUUUUGCCCCCAUACAACCAUCACCUCACACUCGAUCCACUCUAGGUCCAGGGAGAUCUAGCGGCCCUGCAACGGGCUGCAACCAGGCUACAACCAAAUGCCAGAUGCAGGUUAACUGUGUGCCAUAUGAAAGUAUUUCUUCAGUGCCUAGACAUUGCCAUAUGCAACAUAGAUGAUUACAUCAAUGUUAAAUCAUAUGUAACACAUACUUAUUGGAACAUGGAAACAUUCGUAGUACUGUUUCUUGUCUCUCUGUAAAUACGCUGAGAUGCCUGGCUCGGGAGCAACAUGCAGAUAAGCAGACUGUGUGGAUGACCUGGGCUUUUCCCACAGAAGCAAAUAAGGCAUCCCAGCCUGAAGGUUCAGCUGAGUUAUUGGACUAAAAUGUGCUUCAGGUGCUAAAAAUGAGGCUGAUUAUUGAAUGGCUCUGGAUCACUGCCCAUAUCUCUCUUUUCUGCAUGCACUGGCAAUAAUGUUACAGUUUAAACUGCAUUGAAUGCCACCGUUUACCUUACCCCAGAUUUCCUCGGCCAGAGCCCUCUUCCCAUGUUGCAGGGGGAAAGGCGCUUUUCCAUCACAGUGCUCAGCCCCCAGAACUGAGUAGUGUGCAGCAGGUCAAGUGGGUGCACAGGGAUGGAUGCUGCAAGGACGUGGGUAUUGCUGGCUGUCCCACUGGGCAGCCACGGCCAUGAUAGGGCUUUGCUGCGCUCUACUGAAGCUGAAGGGCAUUCCUUCCUCGACUCCCGCAGGCCAGGAUUUCACCCAGGCUGCGUAACAGCACAUGGGAUGAAGAGCUGCAUCCUCUCCUCCUUGUGCACUGGCCUCUGACAACCCUAACCACCACCAGGUGUGCCCAGCCCUGAGCUGCUGUGUGCUCUGUAAGUGCAGAGCUCUGCUCCUGUGCCCCACUCCGCUGCUGUUUGCCAGCACAGCCCCACUGCACCCGCUGUCCUGCUGCGUGGUCCUGCCAGCAACAGCCUGGGCAUGCAGCGACGCAGGCAGGUCUUCAGCUGUGUGCAUCUGUAGUGACACAUAUUUUUUAAUUAAUUUAAUAGUUUUUUUAAACUAGCUGUUAAAUUAACAAGAAAAGCUGUAUAUAAAUAUAUAUAUAUAUAUAUAUACACACACUUUGAUAUAUGUAUAUAUAUAUAUCUUAACCUAGCCAACCUGCAGCUACUGCAUUUUUAAGGGUCACAGGGUCAGUGCUGUUCUUGCAAUUUCAAGCUACCACAAGGAUGCCUUUUAAAAUAAUAAUAAUUAUUAUUUUAAUACCUUUCAACUCUAUUUAUGACUUUCUUCUCUAUUUAUUUCUUCUUCAGUAUUUCACUCCUGUCCAUACAUGGAAUUGCAGUUCCCUGGCUGGGAUUUAGAUGCCUUUGAAGCUGCACAUUUAGCACCCCCUCCCCAGCCAUGCUGUUUCCUGCACGGUGCAGCACUGCAGCCCCAGCACCCUGGGCUUCCUUGCUCUCAAGAUGCCCUUUCCAGCCUUGCAGAGGGAACAAAGGAGGCUGUCUGGCAUUGCCCGGGGUUGGAAACACACAAGGCAACCCAGAUUCCAGGUCUAGGAAAGGCAAGCAGGGAGAGCAGCACAGUUCCCAACAGGGAACUGACCGGCAGCCGGGUGCUGCUGGCUGCCAAGUGCCCACAGCAGUUAUGCAUGCAACAGCAGCAGCUGCAAACCAGUGGUGAACAUCCCACAGCUCCCCCAGUUGCUGUCCCCUCAGCCCUUUAACUUCUCUGAGCAUCUCCUGCUGUGUGUGCUGGAGCACAUUUGGCCUGCAACAUGGGCACAGCAGAGCCACCCGUGUGGACACCCGCUGUUCACAAGGCAGCAGAGCUGCUGCACACGUGCAUGGUACCCCCUGCAGCACUCCCCUGGGGAGCAGGACGUGGGGGCUCUUCGGCAGAGGGGGCUUUUUGGGGAGGGAAGGACAGGUCCCAUAUUGCAGAGCAGAGCAGAGCCUUGUAAAACGUUCUCCAAACAAACAAAGCCAAAAAGGUAGUUUCCUGGAAAAGGAUUUGAAAAACAAUCAGGCAGACACAGAGCUCUGUGUUUAUUUUGCUGCUCUGACCGACACAACAGAAAGCAAACAGAGCGAAUUAGAAAUUAAACCCAAAUGGGAACAGGGGGCGGAAUAGGGCUGAAAGUCAUCCCCAGCCCUUGUCGAGCCCGAGGAGGCGGCCUGGCGCAGCCUGGCACCCUGCUAGCUCUUUGCUGGUGCCCACUCCCCACAUUGCUAGGUAGGUAGGUAGAGCUAGGACUUUUGUACUACUGAUUUUUUGAAGGACAGUUUUCAAUGUGUAAUAAUAUAUCGGUUUAGGUGUGCAGUGUUUGAAAGAGAGACUGGGAGAAAGAAAGAAAACAAACCUCAAUCAAUAUUAUUGUUUUUGUUGUAAAAUAUUGUAACCUUGUAUAAACGCAAACAUUUUUUUUUUUCCUUUAGCUUAAAGGCCUGGGGUAGAACAUAUUAAAAAAAAAUUAAAAUGUUUUUAAAAGUUCAGGAAAAAAAGAAUAAAAAAAAUCAUUAAAACAAUGCCAUGUGAGGUUUGUGCCAUGCGAUGUUAAUGCCUAUACAGCCAUGUAUUACCAGUUCAUUACAGCGGAAUAUUAAAAAAGGAACAAACAGACUUGCAGCUUGGUCCUUUCCAUGUUUUUUCAAAGUAAGUUAUUGCACUUGCAGCUUUCUUUUUUUGUUGGUUUAUUUGUUUGUUUGGGGGGCGGAGAGGGGCUGGGAUUUCUGGGCGCUAAUUUUUAUUUUUCCAGUUUUUUAAAGGGGUGGAAUUGCUGGGAAGGCCCCCGCUCCCGAGCCCCCGUCACCACGGAGGUACAAGCACUGUUGUUGUUGUUUUGGUUUGCAAUAAACUCCUUCUCUUCUCUCCUCUCAACUGGAAUCUGUCUGUUUUGUUCCUGACUCAUGACAGAUGAAAUGUGAUCAGAGGGGCCUCCAAAAUCUCACGUUAAUUGAAGUUGGCAAAAAAUACUAACAGUGCCCUUUUGAACUGCUGACACAGUGCAGAAUGGAUUAGCCGGGGGUAGAUUAACAACAGGUGGCAGCUCAAGGGCCCGCUGGCCCUGCCCUACAAAGAGAUGGCCGCCAGCCCGCAGCAUCCCGACGGCCUCCCCAGUCCCCACCAGCCCACACGGGGCUCACUGGGCUGCGGGCAGGCUGAACCCCUGGGCUUGGCCUCUCCCUCCACCCAGGGCAGAACUCAUCUCAGCCCCAGAGAUUCCCUGCACACACCCAUUCCUAUGUCCCUCACCUCAUCCCAAUGUGGGGAAAACUCCACGGCACUGGCACCAGUAGCUUGGGUAAGAGCCCAAGCCCCCAUGUCAUGCACAGGCAGAACCGAGGAGGUGCCCAACAAACAGCAGCAACCUACUGAGAGCAGCAGAGCUUUCCAUCAGCUGGCCGGGAGCACCAGCUCGGUUCAGCUGGAGCAGGGCUGUUUUCCAUCUCACAGAGAAACGGAUAACGCAGGUGCUGUUGCAAGCUUAUCCAUUCCUCUCACUUGCAGAAGAAAAAUUCCUUCCCUCCCCAAGCACUCAAAGACAGAUUCUCCAGAUGUUGGCAAAGCUCUGACUAUUGAGAGAAUAAAGCCAGUUUCAGUAACAUCCUGCUUGUAUGGGUUUACAUCAGAAAUCGCUUCUGGCCUGAAUGUUGCCAAAGAGCUAAAAAGUCUCUCCAUAAACUCCACAGCGGCAGGGCCCAGAUGAGAAGCGUGCCACCUUUUGCUGAAGCUGCACUUUCCCACUAGCUUUACAGGAGUUGUUUUAAACACACGGCAACAUUUUUGGCCGGGAGACGUGGCUACAGCGCCUAGGUUAACGCGUUCCUUACCUGUUGAGAAUAUGACUUUGAGGCAGGGCAAAGUUCAGGUGGUUUUAAUGAAAAACAAUUUUUUCUUCCUGUAAACUAAACAGAUUUGCCAUUUUUUUCUUCCUUUUUUUAAAAGCGGGUUAUUAACCUUUAAGCAGAUGUAUGUACAAUAAUCUUCUCAUCGGCAAGAAAGGUAACAGCCGUGCAAGGUGCAUCUAUUUAUGGACAGAUGGAGCCCACAUGUAAAGGUGUUGCAUUUAAUCUGAGGCAAACAAGUGUUUAUUAUUUGUGAAAGGAUCUUCCACUUUCGCCCGCUUGUCAGUUCGUAACUUACUCACAGGGCAAAGACAGAUGCUCUGAGUUAGCAAUGCGCUCCUUUUGCUGCAGCCUUGCUGAAUUCCUGGAUCUCAUUUCACGGUCCCUUCUGCUUCCAACCUUUUCCCCUGUCUGUCUUUGUAUGAAGUGUGGCAAAUGGGGUAUUGUUCCCCACCAGCCCUCCACUGUAGGCACCCAGCACUAUCUGUGUGUAGCAUGCAGCUGAGACCUGGCCAGUGAGUUUUCAGAUGGCCAGGCCAUCAGGAGAGAAGCAGCAUUUCUCUGGACUAUGGUCUUUCUAAGGGACUCAUCUACUGGAUGAGUGGUAGAAGUGAGCAGUUCACCCUGGGCAGGUGAGUAUCCAUAAGCAGCACUUUGCCAUCGGUCCCAAGCUUUGGCUUUAACUUUCCAGGUUCCCACUGCUGCACAGAAUGGGAGCGGGGGCAAAAGAGCUAAGAUUCAUCCUGAAAAGCAACAUUAGCAGCAACAAAUCUCAAUUGCACAUGAGAAAAAACUUACAUGGUUCUGUAUAUCCUAAGCUCUUCACGUCUGCCCAUCAAAUGGUCCAGCUUCCACCUUUUUCCAAUCCUCCACCAACUGAUAUUUAGGCUAAAAAAUCCAACUGAUGAUAUCGUAAUUCUUCUAGUAUUUUCUUAUAAU